AUGAUCAUCUUAUACGUUUUGGCCGUUGCGGUCUCCUUCCUCAUCUUCAAGAGAGUCACCUACACGAUGCGAAGCCGAGAGCUCGCCAAGAAGUGGCACUGUGAGGAGCCUCACAACCUGAAUGAGUUCCCCCUGAACUUGCCGCUCUUCUUCCUCAUCAUCAAUGCCUCUCGACGACACGAGCUGCUCGAUACCCUACUUGGCCUUUUCCGAUCCUUUGCUCCCACCAAGACUGUUAAGCAGGUGCUUCUGGGCUCCUUCACUAUCAUCCCCACCAACGAUCCCGAGAACAUCAAGGCCGUUCUGGCCACUCAGUUCAAGGACUUCUGCCUGGGCCAGCGACACGGCCAGCUUGCCCCCGUUCUGGGAGACGGAAUCUUCACUCUGGACGGCCAGGGAUGGCAGCACUCUCGAGCCAUGCUGCGACCCCAGUUUGCUCGAGACCAGGUGUCUGACGUCGAGAUGAUCGAGCGACACGUGCAGAUGAUGUUGCUGCGAAUUCCCAACAACAAGAAGUUCGACAUCCAGGAGCUCUUCUUCAACCUGACCCUUGAUACUGCCACCGAGUUUCUGUUUGGCCAGACCGUCGGCUCCCAGACCGUCGAGAUGCCCAACGAGGACAAGUCUACCGUCUCUGAUAUGCCCAAGGAUAUGCGAAAGUCUUUCCAGGAGGACUUUAAUGUGGCCCAGCACCACGGUGGAAUCCGAACUAGAUUCCAGAUGUUCUACUGGCUGUGGCGACCCACUGAGCUCUUCUCUUCCUCCAAGCGAGUCCACGCCUUUGUCGACCACUACGUCGAGAAGGCUCUUGCCAACUCCGACGAAGAGAAGUCCGACGACAAGUACAUUUUCCUGCGAGAACUGGCCCGAGAAGUCAAGGACCCCCGAGUUCUGCGAGACCAGGCCCUCAACAUUCUGCUUGCUGGCCGAGACACCACCGCCGGUGUUCUGUCCUGGAUCGUCUACGAGCUGGCCCGACACCCCGAGGUGUGGAAGAAGCUGCGAGCCGAGAUUCACCAGGACUUUGGUGACGGCAGCGAUCUCUCCCAGAUCACCUUUGAGGGUCUUAAGCGAUGCGAGUACCUGCGAUUUGUCAUCAACGAGACUCUGCGACUCUAUCCUUCUGUUCCUCUUAACGUCCGAUACGCCUCUCGAGAUACCACUCUUCCCCGAGGAGGAGGACCCGACGAGUCCAAGCCUAUCCUUGUCCGAAAGGGAGACACCAUUGUCUACAACGUCUUCUCUAUGCACCGAACUGAGGAGUUCUGGGGCAAGGACUGCGACGAGUUCCGACCUGAGCGAUGGGCUGAGAAGGGCUCUCGAGGCUGGGAGUACCUGCCCUUCAACGGAGGACCCCGAAUUUGCCUGGGCCAGCAGUACGCUCUCACUGAGACCUCGUACGUCAUCACUCGAAUCUGCCAGCUGUUCACCAAUAUCGAGAACGCUGACACAGCUGUCGAGCCUCCUCAGAAGCUGCACGCCCUCACUCUGUGCCAUCUUAACGGUGUGUUCGUUAAGAUGACCCGGGACGAGGCUGCCUUUGCCGAGACCGAGAAGCUCAUUAACGCAUAA